GUGCCGGUGAUGUUAGAAGAGACCAAUUGAUAGUCUGGAAGGUGCUCCGACGUACCGACAAGUAAUGCGAGUUGAUGGGAGAUUAUAGCUGGCUGUUAACAGACGUUCAACAGUACCCAAUGAUUGUUGAGCUAGUGAUCCAAAAAGAAUAAAUGGCCUGGGGCCGCAAAAAUGUAGUCAAGAAGGGAAAAGCUCAAUUGCUACCGGCAGAGGCUAAAUGCGAAGAAAGUAUUUGAGGUGAAGGUGUGUCCCAAGAUUAAGCCGAGAAAAUGAGGUGAGGGGGGGAAAGUGGGAGAGAGAGAAGAGGAAACAAAAGACUAAAAGUGGAAAGGCGGAGAAGGAGGAUGGGAAAGGGUGAGCGGAGGGGGAGAGAGAAGAGGCGAACGGAGAGGAAGAAGAAGGAGGAGGAGGAGGGGGUCAAUGUAAUUGACACAAUCCAGAGGGGAGACGAUAGCCACGGAGAGAAUCUGGAGAUGGGGAAGGGAAAGAGAGAAGAGAGAAGAGAGGAGGGAAGAAGAGGAAGAGGAAGAAGAGGACAGACAACAAGCCCGAGUGGUCGGAGAGGAAAGUUGGAAAGGCCGGGGGAGGAAGUCAUUCCCUUUCGGGCUGAUGGGCGGAGCCGCCGUCUCUCUCAACCUUAUGGACUUUCUGGAAAAUCCCACACCCACCGUCAAUUUGCUUUGCUUUACUUUCCCUUCACGGGUGCCUGUUGGUGCUUUGUUUUUUAUAGAUUACAGUUAACUGCAAGACAUCAAUCUGACCCGCCAUGACUUGACCGAUCAUUACCCAAAACAACACAAGAUUGCCUGC